AUAUCCCCGCAAUCGUUCCGGCACAUCAUCAACGCCGACCCAACAGCAUCAUCAACAGCAGACAUCCUCCCAUCACUUACAACAUUCUGCCUCGAUGUCGUCGCACACAACAACACACCAGCAUUCGAAUCAACAACAGCAACAAAACCAACAACAUUCCUCGCAACAUCAUAUGCAACGUUCCUCAAUGUCACAGCCACAACAACUGCCGCUGCAUAAAAAGCAACCACGCCGCACACCAUCACAACGCCUGCGUGCCGUUACGGCGGCUCGAAAAUUCCACUUUGUCUUCGAUCCAGCGGGGCGUCUCUGCUACUAUUGGUCCAUGGUCGUUUCGCUGGCAUUCCUCUAUAAUUUCUGGGUCAUCAUAUAUCGUUUCGCGUUUCAGGAGAUCAAUCGCCGGACAAUUGUUGUUUGGUUCUGCCUCGACUAUUUUUCCGAUUUAUUGUAUCUCAUCGAUAUAUUCUUUCAUUUUCGCACCGGCUAUCUGGAGGAUGGUGUCCUGCAGACUGAUGCCUCGAAGCUGAGGCAACACUAUAUGAACUCGACGAUAUUCUACAUAGACUGCCUGUGUUUGCUGCCAUUGGAUUUUUUAUAUUUAUCGAUAGGAUUUAAUUCAAUAUUACGCUCGUUUCGUUUAGUGAAAAUCUAUAGAUUUUGGGCAUUUAUGGAUCGCACCGAACGCCAUACGAACUAUCCGAAUUUAUUUCGUUCGCUGGCGCUCAUUCACUAUCUACUUGUGAUAUUCCAUUGGAAUGGGUGUCUCUAUCACAUCAUCCACAAAAAUAAUGGAUUCGGUUCGCGCAACUGGGUCUAUCACGACUCGGAGUCGGCCGAUGUAGUUAAACAAUAUUUACAGAGUUAUUAUUGGUGUACGUUAGCUUUAACAACGAUCGGUGAUUUGCCGAAACCACGAUCGAAGGGUGAAUAUGUAUUUGUGAUAUUACAGCUGCUAUUUGGAUUAAUGCUAUUUGCCACGGUAUUGGGGCAUGUUGCGAAUAUUGUGACGUCAGUGAGUGCGGCACGCAAAGAAUUUCAAG